AUGUACAACAAUUUCAAAGGUCAAUUUAAGGUUAGGGUAUUGAAGGAUUUGCUAUGGAAGGCAAUCGGGGUCAGCAUUGUUGGUGUAUUCACCAAAGUUAUGGAAGAAAUGAAAGGAGUUGAUAAACAAGCAUACAAUUGGUUGGCUAAAAGAGCACCAAUUCAUUGGAGUAUAAGUCACUUUCACAGUUUCCCCAAGUGUGACAUUUUAUUGAAUAAUCUUUGUGAGUGUUUCAAUGCAUGCAUAUUGCAGGCUAGGGAUCAACCUAUGCUAUCCAUGUUAGAGAAGAUAAGAGUUUUGUUGAUGGAAACAGUUCAAAAAAGUAAUGAAGUAAUGAAAAGGUACAACAAAAGUGAUAUAUGUCCUAAGAUUCAGAAGAUUUGGGAAAAUGUAAAGAUGAGUGCAGCUGGAUGGAUUCCUAUAUGGAAUUGGGGUUCCCAAUAUGAAGUUGUUGGCCCAUAUGGUGAGCAAUAUAAGGUGGACUUGAAAGAAUGGACUUGUGGAUGUAGGAAAUGGGAUCUGUCAGGCUUUCUUUGUGUCCAUGUUGUGGCUGCUGCAAACUAUAUGGAUGAAGAACCAGAAAAGUAUGUGCAUCAUUACUAUAAAGCUGAAACCUACCUGAGGAUUUAUGAGAACAUGUUGACUCCAAUCAAUGGUAGACAAAUGUGGCCAAUAACUCAAUAUGGUAAAGUGCUACCACCUGAUGUGAUGAAGAGAGCUGGGAGGCCAAGACUGAAUAAGAGGACGGACACAGAUGUCCCAAUUGAUGUAACUGAUUCAAGUAAGCUGGGAAGGAGGGGAACUCAGAUGACAUGCAAGAAUUGUGGCAAGUUGGGACACAACAAGAGGACAUGCAAAGUCAAAGGCCAAUUCACCUACCUGAAAGAUCCUGUGAGUUCUAGUUAA